GUGCAACGCCGGCUUUCCAAUUGACAAUGGAGAUGUUCCCCCUAAUGGAUUGUGGUUCUGCUAGCGGAGAAUGAAGCUCGGGGAGCUUGAAUUGUUGAUUGUUUUGUUAGGGUUUCUGGUUUACUGGAACAAUGCCGUCGCCGGAGAAUCGUUGUCGUGCUUGACGGUGUAUAGAGAAGGAGGCGCGCCGGCGGUGUUCCAAUCGCCAAAAUGCCCUCGCUGGACCAUAUCGAGCUUCAAGAGGCGAUCCGACGGGGAGUCUGGUUCGUCGCCUGCGAUUUGUCAGUCAGCGAUGCUCCAAGGCCGCCGGAAGUCGCAGGAAGACCGGACGCUAUGUGCUUCGAAUCUUCGAAUACCUUUCCCAGGUCCGAGAGGGAUUACCGAAAUGAAAGUCGGGAUAAUGGCAGUUUUCGACGGGCACAAUGGUGCUGAAGCUAGUGAUAUGGCUUCCGAAUUGCUUCUGGAGUACUUAGUUUUGCAUACUUAUUUUCUUCUUGACACGACCUAUUCGAUUUUGUCUAAUAAAUUGAUAAGACGGCUGCCGGAUAAAGGAGAAGAGGGUUCUGGUUUUCAGAAGGUUGAUUGGAAUGAAGAUUUUGAGCAGCAGAUUCUUGAUCUCGGAAGGUUCAAGGUGCCAUUUUCUGCAAUUAUGGAUGGAUCGUUCCCUUUUGAAUUAUUGAGGGAAGCAUUGUUAAGGGCAAUCCGUGACAUUGAUGCUGAUUUUUUCAAGGAUGCUUCUCGAUACAACCUCACAUCUGGUACUACAUCAACAGUUGUACUACUAGCAGACUCUCAAAUCCUCGUUGCUAAUUUAGGUGACUCAAAGGCAUUCUUGUGCUCUGAAGUGUAUCAAUCUCCUUCAGAGGCUAAAGCUACUUUAUUUCGGGUGUUCAGACAGAGAAGAAGUCAAGGUGUUGUUACAUCCUUAGAAGAGUAUCAUCGCCUAAAAUCAAUAGCAUCUAAUGGAUGGAGCUUUUUGAUUGCUAAAGAACUAACAAAUGAUCACCAUCCCGAUAGACUGGAUGAAAAACUUAGGGUUGAGUCUGCUGGGGGCUAUAUUACAAAAUGGUCGGGUGUAGCUCGGGUUAAUGGUCAAUUGGCUGUAUCUAGAGCAAUUGGAGACAUAAAUUUUAAGAGUUUGGGUGUAAUUUCAGUGCCAGAGGUGACUGAUUGGCAACCUUUGACCAACAAUGACAGCUAUGUAAUUGCUGCUUCUGAUGGUGUUUUUGAAGAUCUUACCCCCCAAGAUAUUUGUGAUGUAUUGUGGGAACCCCUAUCUCAUUUGACAUUGCCACCAGAAAUCAAUUCUUCUUGCUCUUAUUCAUUAGCAGAUUGUAUAGUCAAUAUGGCUUUUGAAAGAGGAAGUACCGAUAACUUAGCAGCUAUCUUGGUUCCACUGAGGGUAUUAGGUUCCUCUGACACUUUUGCAAUGGACAGGAGUUAUAAGGCGAGUAAAUUUGAUUACUCCACAGAUGCAGAUGAAAGGCAGAUCUAUGAGAGUUCAGCUGAUGGCAAAACUUCAGUAGUCGCAGAAGUGCAGCCUUAUCCAGAUGUUGCUAAGUUUGAUAGGUUACUGGUUGAAGGAAAACACAACAGCUCUGGAUGCUUUUAUUUGUCUGAGAACCUUGAUGUGAAUGAUGAUUACACAUUUUGGGUCCAUAAAGAUGACUGGGAAUCCGUGUCUGAUCUGUCGCCUGCUUUAAUUGUCCCAGAUACAUUUUUCUGGAGUGGACCAUUAGAUUUAUACAAUGAUCAGCAUGUAUGUGUUCAUUUUGGAAGGCAUAUUAAUAAGGAUAAAGAUCAGUGCAUCAAUUCUGAUGGGUUUGCAAGAUUUCUUGGUUUGCUGGGAUCCAUCCCCUUUAACAUUGGUCAGAAUGAUCAGAUGUCAUUAGAAACGAGGUACAUAUUAAAGAAAAAGUUUGACCGUGGAGCAUAUGGUGAAGUUUGGCUUGCUUUCAAUUGGAAUUGUUCUCAAGUUGGAAAAGACAUCAAAGGAAGACAUAUAGGAAACAAUGUACACGAAAAUGAGCAUUCGAGGGCAUACGAUAAAAAUAUGGAUGGAAGUGCUUUUUCUGAAAAUUCCAGUGCUGGGUAUUCUGCAGAUAUUCUGUUCAUCUUAAAGCGCAUAAUGGUGGAAAGGGGGGUGUCUGCUUACCUGAGUGGGCUACGGGAGAAGUAUUUUGGUGAAGUUUUUCUAAAUGCAUCAAAUUCUCUGUGUGCAUUCUCCUAUACCGGAGAACCAGAUUUUGUCCAAAAGGCAUCUCAAUGCAAUACACACACCUUCAUAUAUGCCAAUGAAUCAGUUGGACAUAAAACUAAGAGACUCUCAAGUUUUAAUGAUGAAGGUUUUGGGGAAAAAGAAUGGGAUGAAGCUGCCUACGAGGAAGGGCUAAAUCAUAUUGCAAGAUAUGUGGAGUCUUUUGAGUCACGAACUAAUGAGAUCUGGCUUGUAUUUCGACAUGAAGGUACUUCCUUGACAAAACUUCUGUAUACUGCCGAAGAAGUUGCAAGUGAUGCUGAUGAGGAAGGAAGUGAACGUGGUGGUAAGCGUGUUCAGAUCUUGCGGCCAUCAAAAUGGUGGCACUGGUUGAAGACUACAGAAGCCGGGAAAGAGGAGUUUCGUAAAAUUAUAUUGCAGUUGUUGCUGGCACUCAAAUCCUGCCAUGAUCGCAACAUCACUCACAGGGAUAUCAAACCUGAAAACAUGGUAAUAUGUUUCGAAGACCAAGAAUCUGGAAAUUGCUUAAGAGGGAGUCCAGGGACUGAAAAGAAUUACACUACUAAAAUGCGCAUCAUUGACUUUGGCAGUGCUGUGAAUGAUUUCACUGUGAAGCGACUGUAUGGUUCUGUUGGGCCUUCCAGUGCUGAACAAACUUCCGAGUAUGCUCCACCAGAAGCUUUCCUAAAUGUGAGUUGGUAUCGGGGACCACCAAGUGCCACUGCAAAGUAUGAUAUGUGGAGUGUCGGUGUGGUAAUCUUGGAGUUGAUUUUAGGAUCUCCAAAUGUAUUUCAAAUAAGUUCUUUAACUCAGGCUCUUCUAGAUCAACACCUAAAGGGUUGGAACGAUAGCCUGAAGGAGCUUGCUUAUAAGCUCAGAGCUUUGAUGGAAAUGUGCAUCUUAAUACCCGGAAUAUCCUCAAAGCAGCUACAUCAUAAUUGGGGUACAAGCGGCCAGGGUUCGAGUUCUCCAGUUCCCUGGAAGUGUUCUGAGGAAUACCUCUCUAAUCUAAUAAGGAGCAGAGAUCCUCUUAAAUUAGGCUUUCCAAAUGUAUGGGCUUUGCGUUUAGUACGCGAUUUGUUGAGGUGGAAUCCUGAGGAACGGCUGAAUGUCGAAGAAGCGCUCCAACAUCCUUAUUUUGCACAUCCCGGAGUCUAGGUUAGUAAUCCGACAUAUUUUCUUACGACACGGUACUACCUCAAAUGUGCAGAAACAGUAACACCACACCACUUUUUAGUCAUCUUACCUGAAUAUAUAUAUAUAUAUAUAUACACACACACACGUACAUACAUACUUCACUAGAGAAAUACCAUAGAUUCUUGCUGUUGAGGGCCUUUAUUAAUUGCCUAAAAUGCCUAUCAGUGUAGAUUGUAUGUUACUUUUUGUACCAUUGUUGUUUCUUGUUUAUGUAUAUAGCUUUAAGUGAACUUUCUUCUAUGUAUGUGUAUAUAACUAUAUACACAAUAGUUCAUUUCUUCA